AUGUGUAUUCCCAAUCAUUCUACUAAAUUUCAGAACUUUCAAUCACGUUUUAAUAAGAACAAAGAAAUAACGAACAAUUUGGAUGAUAUGAAUCUAAAAAACGAGAUGAUCUAUAUCGUGGAUAUACCAGCGACGGCCGGUGAUGCAACCCUCUCAGCUUUCCUUGGACUUAAAACGCUAGCGGGUUAUCCGUUGGAUGCGGUAGAUGCACCUGCAUUAAUCAUGAAAGAGAACUCCGUUUUCAAAGUACUUCACCGGGGAUUUGGCACUCGACGAAGUGUAUACAUGGUAGAAGAGACGUGUUACUGCCAAGUCGAUGGCCCGCAACGACACAUUUGGAUUAUUUACGAACGGCUACCGCGGUUAGCAAAUGUCGAAAGUAGGAGAACUGCGAUUUUAGUCGAACUGGAACGGCAUUGUUGUCGGAUAGGUCAAUAG